AUGUCUGCUGAAACCGCCGCCGCCAACACUGCUACUGCCCCAGUCCCAGAAGUACAAGAACAAGAGAGUUCAAAGAGCAAGCAAGUCAACUUGACGCCGGCACCAUUGCCCACAUCUUCCCCAUGGAAACUUGCUCCUACUGAGAUCCCUGUUUCUACUAUUUCCAUAGAGGACUUGGAUGCCACAAGAAAGAAAAAGAACAGAACACCUACUCCAAAAUCGUCGACAGCUACCAAGUGGGUUCCCAUCAAGGCCUCCAUUACUGUCUCUGGCACCAAGAGAUCCGGUUCUAAGAACGGUGGAAGCAAUGGCAACAACAACAAGAGCAAAAACAACAAAACUGCAGCAUCGUCGACAUCGUCGAGUAAUGCUAACAGGAAAAAGAAACAUCACCAACAUAAUGCUAAGAAGCAACAACAAAUGAAGAAAGAUGGCUUCGAUCCGGCAGCAGGUGAAGAAGACUCAAAGGACACCACCUCCCAAGAAAAUGGUCAAUCUACACAACAGCAACAACCACCCCACCACCGUAAUCACCACCACAGUCAUCACCAUAACAGUAAUGGUCCUCAAAGAAGAAAGUUCCAUAACAGUAAUAACGCCGGUAUGCCUCAGAACCAAGGUCUCCCACCACAGUUUAAGCCCUACCAAGGACGCAACCCUCGUAAUAACAACAACAACCGCUUAAAAUACCACAACCACUUCCAUCACAACCAGCAACACUCUCAACAACCUAUGGUCAAAUUACAACAGCAGUUUUACCCAGCUCAACCGGUAUUAAUGGCCAUCAACAACAUUGCCAGACAAAUUGAAUACUAUUUUAGCGAAGAAAACUUGACCGUCGACAACUACUUAAGGUCAAAACUAUCCAAAGAUGGAUUUGCCCCAUUGUCAUUGAUCUCUAAGUUUUAUAGAGUUGUUAACAUGUCCUUCGGAGGUGACACUAACCUGAUCUUAGCUGCAUUGAGAGAAAUUGUUGCUAACGAAACCGCUACCGUCAAUGUUGCGGAAGGUAGCUUGGCCACCAAGGAAGCUGAGAACGUUACCGAUGAAGUUGAAGAAUCAUCUCCAUUAGAUAAGUACUUCAUUCGUUCCAAGAGCUGGUCAAACUGGUUACCAGAAACUUUUGAAACCGAAGUCAACAUUGAAAAGGAACUGGUCGGCGACGCAUUGGACCAAUUCAUGAUAUCCCUACCAUCUGUUCCUCAACAAGAAGAGGAAUCAUCCACUGAAUCUGCUUCUCAAGAAGAAGAAACCAAAGAAGACGCAGCACCGGUUGCAGCUGAUGAAGCUGAAUCUUCCUUAUAA